AGCAUCAGACAGUCCAUCCCUGACCGGGCUAAAUGGUUGUCAGUGACGUUGCUGCUAGAAUGUGAAAACUAAACCUGACUCAACAGCGACUUCAGACAGGGAAAGUGAGAGAGCAGAAGAUAGAAUAUACAGAGGGAAUGAAAACAGAUCAAAGGCAUAACACAGCAAACACCUGAGUGGGAAACACUGAAAGGGAAAAAGUAAAACAUUGUCUUGCAAGUUUCAGCAGGGAAAGAAAGGGAAUUACCUCAGUCUUUUUCAGUAACAAGGAAAGAAGUGCUGGGACCAAAAAGAAUUCUACCACAAAAAAAAGAAAGUAACAAACAAAAGAAAAAGAUUAAGGACAAAUUAUAAAAUCCCUUUUGGGAAGAAGAACUUCUGCCAAAUUUUGAAAUAGCAUUGCUUAAGAGAGUCAGACAAGAAUCACGCAUACCGUUUAUAAAGAAAAAUAGAACAAAAUCAAAGGGAUUUCAGGGGAUUACAAGACUCAGAAAAGGAAAGUGAGAAGUAAACAUACAAGGGAUAACUCUACAUGCCCUAACAAUGCCGUAAAGAGUGCAAAGGAGUGCUCACAGUGUAGUUUCAGAAGAAUGGGAUAGAAACUGCAGAAAAUGCAGUGAGACAGAAAAUACAGCAUAUCUGUGGAUUUUAGAGGCAAUAAAAAAUGAAAAGGUCAAAGUAAAGGAAUAUGACACUGAAGCUGCCUGAUUAUUGAUUUACAUCCAUAUUUUUCUACAUUUUGAUUUAAUGUUUGUUAAGUCUUUUGCAUAAAUAAAAUCAAAACCUUUCUGAAUCUAUGGAAAGGGGUUUCAGUGGAAAUGAGUGAUGUUAACAGCAUGCAGCCUGGAUACACAGUUCUCUUGCUGGAGAUUUUCCUGACUUGCCUCUGUCACCAUCACUGCAGAUCCUACCAAAUAAUUUUAUAUGGGAUCGGAAAGGCUUAUUGAACAUGACUGAUUUCCAGAGUGUGUGGUAUGUGACUCUGCCAGCAACUCUCGCAUUCUUACUCUGCAGAGUUGUGUGCAAUGACAUUUUGGGAUUAAAGCUACCAAGUGAUCCAGUCCUGACCCCAAAUACAGUCUGCCUGACACUCCCAGGUCUCAGCAAACGCCAGCUUGGCCUCUGUGUCCGCAGUCCUGACGUCACAGCUUCUGCACUUCAAGGAAUCCAGAUUGCUAUCCACGAGUGCCAGCAUCAGCUUCGGGACCAGCGGUGGAACUGCUCCACACUUGAAACUGCUGGAAAAUUACCCCACGACAGUGUGAUCUUAAAACGAGGUUUCAGAGAAAGUGCUUUCACUUUUUCCAUGCUUGCCGCUGGUGUUGCACACUCAGUUGCCACAGCCUGCAGCUUAGGGAAAUUGAAAGGCUGUACCUGUGACAGGAAACGGCGAGUAGAUGACCAUAUCCGCCUGAAAUUAAACCAGCUGCAAGCCCAAGCUCUGGCAAGGACUAAAGGAACUGUGCAGAGUCACAUUCCUGCUCAGGUAAUCAAGGCUCAGGAACAGGUAUCCAGCCUGCAGGAAACCUGGGAAUGGGGUGACUGCAGCCACAAUAUGGAAUUUGGCGAGAAGUUCUCACGGGAGUUCCUGGAUUCAAGAGAAGCACCUCGAGAUAUUCAUGCAAGAAUGAGAAUUCAUAACAACAGAGUCGGCAGAAAGGCAGUGAUUAACAACAUGAAAAGGAAAUGUAAGUGUCAUGGGACUUCAGGAAGCUGUCAGUUUAAAACCUGUUGGCACGUGACACCAGAGUUUCGUCUGGUCAGUUCAGAAUUAAAGCAGAAGUUUCAAAGUGCUAUCUUCAUAAACUCUCACAAUAAGAACUCAGGAGCAUUUAACACACGACUCAACAAAAAGAGGAUUUCCAAUGAGCUGGUGUACUUUGAGAAGUCUCCAGAUUUCUGUGAGCGAGACUUGAGUGUGGACUCACCUGGGACUGAGGGUAGAAUCUGCAAUAAAACAAGUCAGAAAAUGGACAACUGUGGGACAUUGUGUUGUGGACGAGGACACAACAUUCUUAAACAGACCAGGACUGAGAGGUGCAACUGCCGAUUCCACUGGUGCUGCUAUGUUCUCUGUGAGGAGUGUCAAAUGACUGAAUGGGUUAAUGUAUGUAAAUGACUUUGGAAUCAUGAAUUUCAGCCAUUUUAUAUACUGUGGUCAUCACUUUAAAGAUACAGCUGCAAUGUCAUAAUUCUGGGCCUGCUUUCUACAGUAUUGACAAAACAACGUUUUCUUUUACAGCUAUGAUGUUCAAAUGCUGCUGCCAGCUGGGAGCAGAAUAGCAAAUCUGGGUUUAAAAAUGAAACUAGUGGGCAUAUUACUCAUGUUAACACAAUUCUACUCUGACUGCAUCAUUGCUUAACUCAGUUAACCCCACCAAUUGUGGUAAGGGACAUAAAUCUGAUUCAGAGCAAUGCAGCUGAAUUAAUUUCAAACACAAUGGGACAUAGACAUUGAAGUUUGCUUUAUAUGUGUAUUAUCACUGAUUCAGUUCAUUAACUGUUAUUGCAUAUUCCGGCUGGUAGUUCUUACUCAGGGAAGGGUAGCCUAUUCAUGUGGAUAGGUCUAACCAAGGUUGUGAACAAUCUGUCCCAAAAGUCACUGAGUCAGUUGUAUGUGUACCACCAGGUUUCUUGCACUCAUAAAUGUAUUUGUUUUUUUUUUCUAGACCCUGCACACCUGUGAAGAUACAAGUACAGGUACACCUUUGAGUAGUAGCUUUGCCAAUUGUUGUUCUGACUAGCAAAUCCUGUGUGCAGGUAGGACUGUGUCAUCAUUAUGAAAUGGAACAGUCUGUGUACAUACAUAACAGACAAAUAAAAUCAUUCAUGGACUCUG